UGUCAACUUUGAUGCUUUCUUAUAGCGUUCUGGGGAUUUUGGCUUGAUCUGAAGUGGUCAGGAUGUCUUCUACUUUUCAAAAAGUUAUUUAUGAUAAUUAUGAACCGACUGCGAAUAAUAUUGAAGAAGUAAUAGAAGAACUGAGAGAAUAUCCAAUCCUUUGGAAUACAAAUCUUCUGCAAUAUCACACUGUAAAAAGGAUUAAAGCUCUCAGAGUAUCAGCAAGACGGCUUAAUAUAACUGAGGAAAGGCUGACCAAGUUGAUAGCCUACUUAAAAAGGAAAUGUUUAUACCAAAGGAAGCAACUGGAGACACUCAAGAAGGAGGGCAAGGAAGCAAAUGUGAUCUGGAAAUGGUACGAUCACUGCGAUUUCCUGAGAAAGUGGCAAAAGAGAGCACCGAAGUAUCUCAUGCCAGCAACCACAAAUGACCCUGAUGGCGAGGUAGAAGAUCCUAAACCUACAGAACCAACUUCUACCACAAGAAGCCACUCCAAUUUGAAAAGAAAGAUAACAAUUGAGAAACCAGGAGAGGAGGAUGAAGCAACAUGCUCUAGUACCAGAUUCAUCGCUGUUCCAAAUCCAGGAAAUGAUAAAAUUAAAUCGGACAAUUCACAAAAUCCAGUUGCCUGGUCGGACUCUGAUACAGAUUCAGAAUCUCAAUAUGCUAUUAGUGCUCCCGUGGUAGCGUCAGGGGACAGAGAAAACAAAAAUUUUGUCAUAAAGUCCAUCCGUUCUUCUCUUACUUUCCAUCUGACCAAUAGUGGAAUGACUGAAGAUGAAUUAGUCAAUUUCCAUAGCGAUUUGAUCUUGUAUAUGCAUUCAUACAAAGAAAAACGUAAGAAAUAAAGAAAUUGCUCUCCGUU